CUUGCAGGCAGGUGAUAAAAGGGGAAGCCAGCUGUUCUCUCGCAGCUUAAAGAAGACCCAGGACAGAAGUGGAGAGAGAGAUAUACUAAGUUGGAGGGGGAUACACCACUGCCAAGGGAAAUCAGGAUGAAUGUGCCCCUUUACCACUGACGAGCAGAACUGGAAUGAUAUCUUGACCUUUUUCCUGGAAGUGACCAAGUCAGCGAUGCGUGGGGGGAAAUAAUGGCCAAGAACAAGGAUGCACGCCCCCCGACAUUCGCCCUCAGUGUGGUUGGCCUCUCGGGGACGGAGAAAGAGAAGGGGAAUUGUGGCGUUGGCAAGUCCUGCCUAUGCAACCGGUACAUGCGCCCCAAUGCGGACAGCUACUACUCAGAGCACACCUCAGUUCUGAGCACAAUAGACUUUGGGGGACGAGUUGUAAACAAUGACCACUUCCUGUACUGGGGGGAAGUGGCGCAUCGAGGCGACGAUGGGUUGGACUGUAAAUUACAAGUCAUUGAACAGACGGAGUUUAUCGAUGACCAGACGUUUCUUCCGCAUCGGAGUACGAACCUGCAGCCGUACACCAAACGGGCGGCAGCGUCAAAGCUCCAGUCGGCGGAAAAGCUAAUGUACAUCUGUACGGACCAGCUGGGCUUGGAGCAGGACUUUGAGCAGAGGCAGAUGCCCGAUGGAAAGCUAAACAUCGACGGCUUUGUUCUCUGUAUCGAUAUUAGCAAGGGUUGCAAUAGGAAGUUUGAAGAUCAGAUGAAGUUUGUCAACAGCGUGUACUCCCAAAUUGUCAAGUCAAAGAAGCCCAUUGUCAUCGCUGCCACAAAAUGUGACGAGUAUGUGGACCAGCAUCUGAGGGACCUGCAGGCCUUUGUUGCCAACAAGAAGAACCUGCUGCUAAUUGAAACGUCAGCACGGUGCAACAUCAACGUAGAAGUUUGCUUCAACGUCCUAAUCCAGCAGCUGGAUAAAACAAGGGGGAAGCCAAAAACUGUGCCAUACCUGGACGCCUAUAAAAUCCAACGGCAUCUUGUAGCCUCAUUAACUGAUAGAUUUGAGAAAGUGAUGAAGCACACAGUGAGAGAUUACCACACCACGUGGACAACAGUGAGUACUAAUCUGAAGGGGCAGUCUGACUAUGAUGAUUUCAUCAUGUUGGAGGGCACCAGGAAAGCACGCAACAUGUUCACAAAGCACAUUGCACAACUGAAGCAGGAGCACAUCAGGAGAAGGAGGGAAGAGUACCUGACGACGCUACCGAAAACCCUGAACAACCUCCUCAACAACCUGGACGAGGUCGAGCACCUCUCCUGGCCCGAGGCUCAGAGUGUGAUCCGGAACAGAACUGACUUCCAGUACUGGUUUGUCGUUCUGGAGAAAACGCCGUGGGAUGAGACCGACCAUAUUGACAUCAGCGAUCGCAGGAUACCCUUUGACCUCCUCGAAACACCUGAUGGGGAGAGAAUUUACCAUAACCACGUCCAGCACUUGCUGUCUGAGAAGAGAAGGGGGGAGAUGAAAGAUAGGUUCAAGAAGACACUGGAUAGGGUUCAUUUUAUCAGUGCAGGGCAGCCUUGGGAGGAAGUCAUGUGCUUUGUCAUGGAGGACGAGGCCUACAAGUACAUCUCAGAAUCAGAUAGAAGGGAUGUUUACUGUAGACACCAGCAGGAAAUAGUUGAAAGGGCCAAAGAGGAUUUUCAGGAAAUGCUUUUUGAGCAUGCUGAGCUUUUCUAUGACUUGGAUCUGAACGCUACCCCCAGCUGCGACAAAAUGAGCGAGAUCCACUGUGUGCUGAAUGAGGAGCCCAGAUACAGAGCACUGCAGAAACUUGCCCCAGAUAGAGAGUCACUCCUUCUCAAACACAUUGGGUUUGUGUACCAUCCCACUAAGGAGACAUGCCUGAGUGGGCAAAACUGUGUGGAUAUGAAAGUAGAGCAGGUUUUAGCAAACAGGUUGGUGCAGCUGGACCACGGACGCUCUAAUCUUUACUAUAGCAGUGCCAACAUUGAUAAGAUCAACCUCUGCCUCCUGGGAAGGGAGGGUCUCUCACAGGAACUUGCCAACGAGAUCAGAGCUCAGUCCACAGACGACGAGUACACCUUAGAUGGAAAAAUCUACGAACUGGAGCUUCUUCCCGUGGAUGUCAAUUCCACGCUUCUCUUCAGCCAUACGUGGGUCAACACGUUCAAGCCACAUGGCUGCUUUUGUGUGUUCAACUCCAUAGAGUCCCUCAACUGUAUUGGAGAUUGCAUAGGCAGAAUCAGAGCAGAGAUAGCACAAAGUAGACGAGAUAGGUUUGCACAGCCACUUCCGUUCAUUUUAAUCCUGGCUAAUCAGAGGGAUAAUAUUUGCAAAAACAUACCCAUCCUGAGGCACCAAGGCCAACAGCUGGCCAACAAGUUGCAGUGCACCUUCGUCGACAUCCCCUCUGUGGCCUUUCCACGUAAAUUCACAGAGUUCCAGGUUAAGCAGGGUCUUCGAGCGGUACUUGAGGGAUUGAAGCAUAACUUUGACGUCUUGGCUCCACUGCCAUCUAUCAAAGACAUGUCAGAGACAGAUCUUAGGAUAGUCAUGUGCGCCAUGUGCUGGGAUCCUUUCAGCGUUGACCUCAUCCUCUCCCCUUUCUUAGACUCACACUGCUGUAGCGCCGGGCAGCCUGGCCAGAGCAACACACUGAUACUAGACAAGAUCAUCGGGGACAGCAGGAGGAGGAUCCAGGUCACCGUCCUGUCCUACCACACUGCCAUUGGUGUCCGCAAAGAUGAACUAGUCCACGGCUACAUCUUGGUGUACUCUGCCAAACGCAAGGCUUCUAUGGCGACGCUGCGGGCGUUUUUGGCCGAGGUCCAAGACGUGAUCCCUGUCCAGAUGGUGGCGAUUACAGACAGUCAGGCAGACUUCUUUGAGAAUGAUGCCAUCAAGGAGCUGAUGACGGAGGGGGAGCACAUUGCCACAGAGAUUGCUGCCAAGUUCACGGCCCUCUAUUCCCUGUCACAGUAUCAUCGGCAGACGGAGGUUUUUACACCCUUCUUCAACGAAGUGCUGGAGAAAAAGCCGAAUAUUGAGAGUUCCUUCCUUUACGACAGUUCGUCACGGGAGUGCACCACUGGAGCGAGUGAAGACGUGUUCCCCACCUCGCCUCAUAGCCACUCCCCGGCUUACAACACCUAUUACCCAGAAUCUGAUGAUGACAACGAGGCCCCGCCGCCUUACAGUCCAAUAGGUGAUGAUGUUCAGCUUCUCCCCACACCCAGCGAGCGGGCAAAGUACCGCAUUGACCUAGAAGGCAAUGAGUACCCAGUCCAUAGCACCCCGAUUGGAGAUCAUGAGCGCAACCACAAAGUGCCUCCACCUGUCCGGCCCAAACCAGUGUUGCCCAAACCUAAUGUCAAAAAGCUGGACCCCAACCUGUUGAAAACCAUCGAAGCUGGCAUGAAAAGCAACCGUAGGAUCCCACGCGGCCAAUUGACGCACGGUGAGGACGUGGAUGCGUCAGACAACUAUGCAGACCCAGUAGACACCUUGUUGAGGUCCAGAUACCACAACGACGAUAUCUACGCCGUGCCCGAAGACUCCCACAGCCGCCUGGUCAAAAUAAGAAACUCCUUCGGUGGAUUGCACGGCCUCCACGGAGGAGAGGAAGAGAACGGGUUUGACAGAAAGUCUCAGGCUGCGCGGCGGCCAUCAAAAUACAAACAUCGUUCUAAAAUCCUGUUCAGCAAAACGAAGGCCUACCAAAGACGGUUCCAAUCGGACAGCGAUGGCGAAGAGUCUGGUCCUGCCACGCAGAAAAAGAAAAAGGGAAGAGCCCACCGAGGCAGCGAGGAAGACCCAUUACUCUCCCCUGCAGACCCCUGGAAAGGUGGGAUAGAUAACCCCGCCAUCACCUCCGACCCCGAGCAGGAGGACAAGAAGAUGAAGAAGAAGAAGAACAAGACAAAAGAACCGAAGAAGCCCAAAUCUUCCAAACCCACCAAACCUCUGUACCCGCCGACCCGGAGAACUUGGGAAAGCAACUAUUUUGGCGUUCCCCUGCAGAAUCUGGUGACUUCAGACCGGCCAAUCCCGCUAUUCAUCGAUAAAUGUGUCGACUACAUCGAGCGCACAGGUGAGUCGUGCGUUUUCAGCUUCUCUUACAUCUCAUUCUUUUUCUCUUUGUUGUUUGUGUUCCCUUUUAUCUUCGGCUCCUGCCUCUGCGUUCAGGUGCAACCAAGCUCUCCGUGGUGUAACUCUUGGAAG